AUGUUUGGCACGCUGGUCUCCACUGACAUUGACCGAGAGACCUUGGAGUACAUUGAGAACCCAGAUCCUGUUGCUGCAGUCAGCCGUAACGUCCAAGACAAUAUACGCAUUGCUUCGAUAGGACUCGAGUGCGUGUAUCCAGAAAACCAGGGGCGGAACAAACGACAGGAAAACAGCAAAAGCCAUCGUACAGCGAUUCGGCGUAACUCCAACGUCCCGACCCAGAUUGUAUGCGAUGAAGCAGAGCCUUGCGCCAGAGACGGCCAUGCAAAGUACGGCCAAGAAUUGGCAGUGGAUGACUUGCACGACAAUAAGUUUGACGGGUGCAUCGACGAGUCUCUGUUUACGCCUUGGAUUAUGGAUACUCCCAUGCAGCACAGUUUAGACAGCAGAUCUUGCUCGAGCAGCAGUGGCAUUCCAACCCCAAGAAGUCGCAGUGCCACGGUGGCGCCGCCCGAUCAGCUUCCGGAGCUAUCGACGGCAGAUAUGUCCUUGGUGUCGCUACUCAGGCCGUCGACUACGGCUAGCGCAGGCGAUUCAGCACAUUGGCAAGGACCUCACAUGGCGCAUGACGAUAUCAGUUGGGCGACGGCUGUCGAUGGACACGGUACGGUAGGCCCGACAUCGGAACCGCUGUCUCGAGAGCCUUGGGGCAAAACGCGCACAGAAUCCGACAGCUGUUGUCUGCUGAGCUCUGUAUCUUUUCUCUCAAGACUCUCCUCCAGAACUGCUUCGCGCGAGAACCGUAUAGACCUAUUACUCGCCGACGUUCGGAAUUCUAUUGAAACCUUGGCGAUAUUCAUAUCAUGUGAGAGAUGUGCUGCUCGAGUAGAGCAGAACAUGUUGCUCGCUAUGGCGGCCCGCCAAAUAGGCGCCAUCUGCGGAAAGAUGGCCAACUGUUGCAAGGCCAUGCAUCGGUGUGGCCUCAGCGACACUGACUCAUCUCAGCAGAAACCCGAGUUUGUUGCCUCUCCGGUUCCCAUCGAUAUUUCCGUGUCGACAUAUCGCGUGAGCCGACGUGAGAGGCUACACUUGCUUGAAAGCCUUGUGACUCUCCAGAUUAUGGAUUUUCAACGGCACAUCAACACAAUCAAGUCUCGAUAUCGCAAUCGGCCAAAUAAAGGCCAAGCAGAAGCCCUGAAUGAAGCAGAGAACUAUGUCAAGUUAGCACAGGUUUCUAUCAGCAAUCAUUUAUGA